AUGGGAGCCGGUAACCGGACCGUUACUGCUGUUACAGAUAACUCAGUUUCUCUUUCAUGGAAACCAGUUUCAAGUGCACAUGGUUAUAAUGUUUACAGAAACGGUGGUAAAGUUAAUGGUGCAACAAUAAGUGGAACAACAUUUACAGAUAGUAAUUUAAAUUCCGGUUCAACAUAUACAUUCACUGUUAAAGCUGUUUCGUCAUCGGGUAGUGAAAGUAGUGCUUCAAAUUCAGCCACUGGUAAAACAACAGGAGAGUCACCUGCAGUAGGAACACCAAGUGGUUUAAUAGUGACAGAUACAACGAGUAAUUCAGUCACAUUGAAAUGGGACUCAGUUCCAGGUAUAACAACAUACAAUGUUUAUCGUAAUGGAAAUAAAGUGACAAGCGUCGGCACCACAUCAUACACUGAUACUGAUUUGAAUUCUGCAACUGGUUAUCAAUAUCAAGUUUCAUCGGUAAAAGAUUCGGUUGAAGGCGACAAGUCCAUGACAGUUACCACCACAACACUUGCUGGCAGCACUGGCAACGAUUGCUACGAUGAAAGUAAUGUUGCUCAUGUAGCUGCUCUAAGAGCAUAUGUAAGCUUUGGCUAUACAUUUGCACUUGGUUCAAAUCAAAAUAUGGGACUUUACAGUAUGCUUCAAAAAACAAAUUUAUGCAAAGAAAAAGAUUUCUAUUAUGUGAUCGCAUAG